AUGACUACCAGUACCUCGCAUCAUAACAUAGGAGCCAUAGGACAUAAUUCUACUAGUAGUAGUUCUACUACAAGCUCUACCACUACUAGUUCCACAUAUGCACCUACAACUCCAUCGUCUACUCAUUUGACUGAUCACCAUUACCCCAACAAAACCAGUCAGACUGCCAGUGCACCAUCUUCUGCUACGAGAAGACGAAUAGUCAGUUGUCCAACAGAUUCCACUACUUCCACCCCUCCUUCCUUCAUGAGACAAACAUCAGCCUCUUUAUCCAAGCAAGUCUCCAGUCCAUUUGUCACUCCAAAAAGAGUUCCAUCAGGUAGCAGCACACUGUCGGUUACGUCGUCUAAACCUUCUUCAAAUAGACCCAUCCGAAGAUCAGAACAAAACUAUAACUUUUUAGCAUCAUCAUCAAAACUGUUUUCCAAUAAUCCUCUGGAUGUAACAAAUGUUGCCAAUAAAUAUGUCUUUGAAGAGUCUCCCAUAAAGAAACAACCUCUGAUUCUGAAACAAAGGAAAGCACAUCCUUACUAUCAAUUACGACAAGCUACAACAGCAGCAGCAGCAGUAGACACGACUAUUCAAAGUCCCUUGAAACAUUCACAAAUAGAAAAUUUUACACCAACAAUAAGUUCAAAGUACUUGGACGAUAAACCCAAACCAUUGAAGGUGUCAAUUAACAAUGUGAUACUAGAUCCAAAUUCUAAAAAGCUAAAAACUGACAAUAAAGUUUUAGAUUUGAAAUCAUUGUAUGAAAUAAUUUAUGAAAAGGAUAGCACUUUGUUUCUUCCAUCUCAAUGCGAUUUUAUUGAGCAAGAACCGAAAUCACCUUCAGAAUUUAUAGAUGAUCCAUCUUAUCAGCUUAGCAUUUAUGAAAAGGGUGAAAUAAUCCGGAAAAAGGUUAUAUACUAUAUGCCUAAGAACCAAAGAAACCAAGAUAUCAAUAUCAAUAAUCAUAGUGCAAAUUACGGGUUUGAUAAUGAUCAAGGCAACUAUAUAUUAAAAUGGCAUGAUCAUAUUAAUUAUCGAUAUGAAACCUUACGGGUUAUUGGUAAUGGGUCAUUUGGGAACGUGGCACAAUGUCUUGACCAUAAGAAUGGGAAUAUUGUUGCUAUUAAAAUUAUCAAAAAUGCUAUAAAUUGGUCCGCACAGUCGAUCAACGAAAUCAAUAUGCUAAAGGCUUUACAACAGAAGGAGGAUGAGCUGCUGCUGCUGAUACUUAAAUAUUUUGACCAUUUCCAUUUCCGAAAUCAUCUGUGCAUUGUGACCGAAUUAAUGCUGAUUAAUUUAUAUACAUUGUUGGAAUUGACAGAGUUCAGAGGCUUAUCACUUAAUCUUGUUAAGCAGUUUAGUCGAGAGAUAUUAAAGGGUUUGGAAUAUAUUCAUCAACAAAACAUUAUUCAUUGUGAUAUCAAGCCAGAAAAUAUCAUGAUAAAAUUGAAUAAAGAAGCUACAGUUUUGGAAUUAAAAAUAAUUGAUUUUGGAUCUUCGUGUUUUCAAGAUGAAAUAAUGUUCACGUAUAUUCAAUCCCGAUUUUACAGAGCUCCAGAGAUCAUUUUGGGUGCAAAUUAUGAUAGAAAAAUAGAUAUUUGGUCUCUUGGAUGUGUUGUUGCGGAGUUAUUUACUGCAAAGCCUAUUUUACCAGGUCAAUCUGAAUUAGAACAAGCUGGUUUGAUAUUGGAAUAUUUUGGUCCACCACUGCCCAGUACGAUUUUACAAAUGAGAAGUAAACUUCUUCACCUGUUAAAAGCACAAAGGUUGAAAAGUAAAAAUGGAGGGAAAAUGCUUGAUGGUAUCAGUAAUUCUUUCAAAACAAGCAGCAUGUUGAUGCCACCUUCUCAUACGGAGAAGUCCGAUUCCCAAGCUCUUAAAAGAACUUUACUCUAUACCUUGUUUGAUACCCAGGGUCGUGUUAACUUACAAUCCUUGAAUCUUCGUUUGGGCCAAUUAGGUGUCAAGAGUAAACGUUUGGGUUCAAAGCCCUUGGUAUAUCAAUUAAGAAUCCUGGAUAAUAGAGAGCAAACUACUCAAUUCAUUCAAUUCUUAGAAGCUAUCUUCAAAUGGGACCCAAAGGAAAGAGCCAACGUGGAACAAUUACUUCAACUUGACUUUAUAAAAUAA